CUUGGUGCUAGUCAGCAGUCAUUUUAUUUGACUUCAUAUUUUUCAUCUUAAAAGCCAAAGAAGAAUGGAGAAACCUGUGGUAAUACUCAUUUUUACAACUGUAAUUAUGAGUCUUGAAUGCCUAGUACAAUCAGAUGCCUCUACACAUCGGUAUAAAAGUGGAGAUGAUGUUCCUUUCUAUGCAAACAAGGUUGGCCCAUAUUCUAAUCCCAGUGAAACUUAUGCUUAUUUCGAUCUUCCAUUUUGUCAACCAGAUAAUUUGUCAAAGAAGAAAGAAUCUUUUGGUGAAGCAUUGAAUGGAGAUCGCCUUACAUUUGCUCCAUAUAAGCUCGAGUUUUUAGCGGACAAAGAUGCCAAAGUUAUAUGUAAGAAAAGGUUGACAAAGGAGGAAGUUGCACAAUUCAGAACCGCUGUUGCACUUGAUUACUACGUCCAGAUAUACUAUGAUGACUUGCCAAUAUGGGCGUUCCUUGGGAUGGUCGAGAAGGACGGAAUUGAUGACCCUAAUGAGUACAGAUAUCACAUUUUUACAUUUUAUCAAUUUGAAAUUUACUACCACAAGGACCAUGUUAUUGAAAUCCUAGUUAGAGCCGAUCCAUCUUUUACAGCUGAUGUAACAAAUGAUGAGGGAGUUGAUGUAGAAUUCCUGUACACAGUGGUGUGGAAGGAAACUAACGCCCCAUUUGAAAAGAGAAUGGACAAAUACAUGAGCUCUUCUUCUCUGCCCCAUCACUUAGAAAUUCACUGGUUCUCCAUUUUAAACUCACAUGUGACAAUUUUCAUCUUGAUGUCAUGUAUGGAAGCAAUUUACUUGCGAGUCCUGUGGAAAGAUAUUUAUAAUCUUGCACGGGAUGAAGAAUUUUCUGAUAACCAAGAAGAAACUGGGUGGAAAAGCCUCCACGGCGAUGUCUUCCGGUAUCCAAAGUGCAAGUAUUUGCUUUCUUCAGCACUUGGUUGUGGAACACAGAUGUUGGCAGUCGUGGUGGUCACUCUAUGUUUAGGCAUGCUUGGUGUUUUUCAACCGUAUGAUCGAGGAGUUUUGCCCACUGCUUUGGUCAUAAUAUAUGCAAUAACUUCUGCAGUUGCUGGAUUUUCGGCUGUAUCUUUUUAUCAUCAGCUCGAAGGAAGCAACUCGCUAAGAGUUAUAUUGCUGACGGGAGGAAUAUUCUCUUGCCCCUUGUUGCUAACCUUUUUCUUCCUUAAUACUGUUGCAUUCAACUAUGGGUCUACUGCAGCACUUCCUUUGGGCACAAUUGUGGUUAUACUUCUCCUCUGGGUUUUGCUAGCAUUACCGUCACUUGUGUUAGGUGCGAUUUCUGGGAAGAGAAUAAGGUCUGAGUUUCAAGCUCCUUGUCACACCACAAAGUGUCCUCGUGAGGUUCCCCCACAGCAUUGGUACAGGCGUGUCAUAACCCAAAUGGCAAUGGCAGGACUUUUGCCUUUUGCUGUCAUCAAUAUUCAGCUAUAUUACAUAUUUGCAAGUGUUUGGGGUCACAGGAUAUACACAGUAUAUAGCAUUCUUUUCGUUGUGUUCAUUCUCCUUCUGAUUACAACUGCUCUUGUCUCUAUUGCUAUGACAUACAUCCAACUUUCCGCUGAAGAUCAUGAAUGGUGGUGGAGGUCUUUUCUUUGUGGUGGAUCGACUGGCUUGUACUUAUUUGGUUAUUCCAUCUACUAUUACUUUUCACGGUCAGACAUGAAUGGUUUCAUGCAAACCUCAUUCUUCUUUGGAUAUAUGGCUUGUGUUAGUUAUGGUGUCUUCCUCAUGCUAGGCACUGUUGGCUUUCAUGCCUGUUUGCUAUUUGUCCGUCUUCUGUAUGGCUAUAUCAAAUGUGAAUAGCUGGUUGCUUUCAGGAACAUCCUUAGCUUGUUUGGAAAAAGUAUGUAUUCAUGCCAUAUUUAGGAGGCUGUUCUGAUCAAAGGAGGCCACAAUGUUCCUUUAAUGUAACAACAAAGAGAUUUUCUUAUUCAAAGUUUCAUCAA